CCCCUCCUCUCAACUCUCCUCCUCCCCACACCAAACCUCUCUCUCUCUCUCUCUCUCUCUUUCCUCUCAUAAGAACUAAGAAGAACACAGAAUACAAAAAAAACAAUGGAAGUUUCAACGAGAAAGCCUUACUUCAUAGACGAAGAAGAAGAAGGUGGUUUGGCUUCUCUAGAAGCUGGUGUUUCGACUCCUUCUUGUUACAACAAUAAUCUCAAGAAGAUGAAUCAUCACUACAACCAUCCUCAGAGUUAUUAUUACCACCAUCAUCAUCAUCAAUACUCUGUUUCAUCUCCCAGAUCUGGAAAAUUCCACGAUUUUAGAUUCGACAAUAGCUCUUUCGGACAGCCUCAUUUCUUGGACUCUUGUUUCCUCUGCAAGAAACGUCUUGGUGAUAACAGAGACAUCUUCAUGUACAGAGGAGACACACCGUUCUGUAGCGAAGAGUGUAGAGAAGAACAGAUAGAAAGAGACGAAGCAAAAGAGAAGAAACAGAGUCUGUCUUCUUCCGUGAAAGCUAUGAGAAGAAAUGAAAAGCGAAGCUCUUCUUCUUCUCCUACUAUAUCUCGUGACUACGCUUUCCACUCUGGAACCGUUGCUGCUGCCUAAAGCCCUCAAUGCCCUAAUCUUUAAGUUAUAAAAAAAAGUAACCCAAAAAAAAAAAAAGAAUCCAUUAACGCUCAAUUGCUGUAAAAGCUGGUUAAUGGUUUUUAUGGGUUUUUUCUUCAUCUAUAGAAGAAAUCUUAGUUUGAAUUUGAAAACUCAGAAGAAAAUGGUUAGGGGGGAAAAAUAAAAUAAAAAAAGUUAAAGAAACCUCUCUUUUUCAAGGGUUUGUCCAAUUUCUUUGUUAUUUUUUCUCGUUUUUUAUUAGCUUUUUUUUUUCUUUCUCUUAAAAGAAGAAAGAUAUAUAUAUGCAAUUUUGGGUGUACAAGAAAACUAUGGCCAAAACGCCUAUGUAAAUCUUGGAGUAUAUGUAA